AUCUGAUGCAGCGGACUUCAUUAUUAUCGUGACGAGUUAAUUUCAUCUUUCUUCAUUCCUCACGUCUUUUAUACAGAUCAUUAUUAUUAUUACAUCCCCUUUUGUCAAUUAACUCCCCUUUAUCAGACUUUAUCAGACUUUAUCAUCACCACCAUCACCAUCACCAUCACCGUCGCCAUCUAUUGUAAUACCUAUAUGCAAAUCAAUCAUGGCCGCUCAGCAGUCAGAUAAUGUUGCUCAUGCUCUUUCCGGUGCUGGUGGGGGCAUUCUUUCCAUGGCUCUUACGUAUCAGACCCCUUUCCUUCUCCGCCUUUUCAAUGUUAACAAUUAGAAGCUAUCCUCUUAUUACACUGUCUACACGCGCCCAAGUUGAAUCAAAACGUGCUGAUUCGGGAUUCCUCGACGCUGUAAAGCACAUCAUGGAACGUGAGGGUGUCAAAGGCCUUUAUGCUGGGCUCGAUUCAGCACUAUUUGGAAUUAGUGUCACAAACUUUGUAUAUUAUUACUGGUAUGAAUGGACUCGCUCAGCUUUCGAGAAGACGGCACUCAAGACUGGUCGAGCUUCAAAAAAGCUUACAACAAUUGAAUCGAUGAUCGCCGGAGCAAUCGCAGGCUCAGCGACAGUCUUGCUCACAAAUCCGAUUUGGGUGGUUAAUACGCGAAUGACCACACGAAAGAGAAAUAAGGACACGGAUGGGAGUUUUUUGCCUGGUGUAAAGCCAUCAAACGCUCCUACAACGCUUGGCACAUUGCUUGCACUUCUUAAAGAUGAAGGUCCACAGGCGCUCUUUUCCGGGGUUUUACCCGCACUGGUGCUUGUUAUCAACCCAAUAUUACAAUACACAAUUUUCGAGCAGUUGAAGAAUUUCAUUGAGAAGAAGAAGAGAGUCACUCCAACAUUGGCAUUCCUUCUAGGCGCGUUAGGGAAACUCUUUGCUACUUCUAUCACAUACCCUUAUAUCACCGUGAAGAGUCGCAUGCACGUCGCCGGAAGGGACGGAGGAAAAGAAAGUAUGAUGCAGGGCAUGAAACGUAUUUUGAAGGAAGAGGGCUACGAGGGAUUCUACAAAGGUGGAGAUUUCUCCUCAAUAUUAUUGGAAGACAUGUCACUAACCCUCCCCAGGAAUUGCCCCCAAAGUGUCACAAAGUGUUUUGACCGCUGCAUUCUUAUUCGCCUUCAAGGACGUUUUGUAUGAACAGACCAUCAAACUAAGGAAGAACUUUCCUGCAAGAUAGCUGCGAAGGAAACUUUGAUUUGGUUUUGGACUAACAUGCUUUUGGAGCAUGAAUCCGAUUGUAAGUUAUGGCAUCGCUGGAAUGUAUAUACAUGGUAUUUGAACUGUUUAGGAGAGGCGUUGGAAUAUACCUGCGUUGGAGAUGAGGCCAGCAUGGAUAUAUUCUACUUUGCUUACUAGGAAGGGUCUUACACGGAUAAAUAGAAUGGUUAGAGUCGGUUGUAUCUAUGGAUUAAGGCAAUGAUAAUGAGGUCGGAAAUCACAAUGGAGUACGGGAGUAAAUUACUUGAAACGUUCAAGUGCGGUCUGAAAUAAUGAGACAGACCAUCGAUCCAUUCGGACACACACCUUCAACUCCAAAUCUCCAAGAAAAGGAUUAACUCAGUACCUG